UUCCAUCAUAAUACGAUGAUGUAAACAGAUUACCAUAAGUUUACCGGAACAUACUCGUACUAAUGACAUACUGAAUCUAUUGGGUUACGUUAACGUUAAGUAUUAUGUUAUGAUACAACUAGCGAGCUUUAGGAAUUACUUUCACUAUCAGAAUAAUGCACAGUUGGUUAUGGUAUGGUUAGUUAGCGGACUCAGCUGACUGGGUGACUGCAAAAAGAGCGGGGAUUCAAAGUUGCGAGUCGCAAGGUAAGCUAGCCAAGAAACAAAUUUCAGUCGGUACAAAGUGAACUCUAAUCACUUGUAAAAUGUCUUAACUGUAUCAGUGGUGAAAACAUGGUGUUGGGGAAGAUUAUUUUUAGGGUAGUUUUUGCGGUAUGUUUGCUGUUUUUCGUCGUUACGGAUUACUCUGGAAUUUUUCACAAGUUGAUCGGUGGAAAUAGGUCAGAAGACAGAACUGUUUCACCGCGACCUACUAAUCCUGGAUACGGAGAUUCCAAGACUGAUAUAGAUAUAGAUGCUGACAUUGAAGAGGAUUCUGUCAAACAUUUAGGUCCUCAAACAACAAAAUCAAAAUUACUGAAGACCAUUAAAAAAGCAUGUUUGCCCAAAUUAAUAUGCGAAUUGACAGCUUCAACGCAGCGUGACAAGCUAACAGACUCCGAAAAAUCACUUUUAAGUUUACUUAGGGAUACAACGAUUAGCACGACUGCGGAAUUGACAUCAAAAUACCAUUUCGCCGCACAUAUGGGCCAGCUAAUAAACGGAGUCGACGGAAACGGUUGCCAUAACUUUUAUCCGACAUGUCCCUUUCCAGGAUUGCAGGUUCUCCAGAUGAUGAAAAAAGUCAGAAUGCGCUAGCGGCCAGGAUCCCGCACUUGAUGAAAGAAGGAAAUCGUUUUUAUAAAACAUCUUCAAUUUCGGAAAAGUAUUUCCCUUUAAUGAUUCCAUUUUUUCAGGAUACGACCGGCCAGAAGAUUUAUGACAAAGAUAAAAUUUAUUUUGGUUCAUUCCAGGGUAUCCUAUUGACUGUUAUUGGACAAUACCUAUUGAAACUAAUUCAUCAUCGAUUCGAUUGUCGAACAUAUUUUGUCAAUACAUGUUAUUUAAUUUAAAGACAAUUACGAUACCAUUAUUUAUGCAGAUGAACUGAAUAUAUUUUUCUCAAUAACAAAUAUUUGUUGUUUACAUUGUUAUCUUUUUUUCAUGAUUCUCUUUGCCGGUGUUGUUGUAUUCCUUUCUGCUAUUUCUUGACGGAAUAGCACGUUAGGCAAAUUAAAUUUAUUUUUUACUAAAUCCGACAAAAAAAUAGAUGUUUUAUUCUUUUUAAUUUCCUAGAUAAAUCUGGAGAAAAUACUUUUAAAAACGGACAUGUUACUGAGUUUUAAGCGACUUAUACAAACUAUUGUGAUAAAUAAAAACCAUAAAUGAAUUAUAAUAAUUGUAUAUAAUAAACAUAAGA